AUGCUUUGGGUCGUGGCUGCGCUCCACUUGGCGGCCCUGGUUGUGGCUGGCUUGGAUGAAAUCGAGCCAAUCGUGCAGAGACAUGAGUAUCCCUUAGGCGGAGUUAUCCCCUUAACGCCCAAAGUGCUUCAAAGUAAGGAGGUGGAAGAACGAGUGGAAAGAGCGCUACGACAACUCUCUCGUCGAAAUGGAGGCCUGAUGACUUACCGUAUCAUCCACAUUCGCAGCGGAACACGUCAGGUGGUUAAUGGGUUCAAGUACGUUUUUGUGGUUGAAGUGGAGAGCUUGCCGACGGAGGAAGGAGCAGGUACCGAGUCUGUGUCCGAGGUUUACAGGGUGCGGAUCUACGAGCCGGCUUCCAGAGGCGCCAAAAGGCGGUACUUCUUUAAGAAGAUCCCCACGAACGAGAAGUAG